AUGCUCCUGAUGCUGCUCUGGGCCCUGCUGUGGGGCGGUGAGUGGGCCGAGGGCUGGGUGGGCCAGGAUCAGGGCCACAAGAAGGCGCAGACACUGGUUCCAGGUUACUGGCUUAAGGUGGAGAAGACGGUGACAGUGCAGCGAGGCCUGUGUGUGCUCGUGCCCUGCUCUUUCUCCUAUCCUCAGAAAGGCUACACUGAGAGCACCCCAGUUCAUGGCUACUGGUUCACACAUCCAGCGAAUACGGACAGUGCUUCUCCAGUGGCCACAAACAACCAGUUUCGGGAGGUGGCAUCAUGGACCCAGGGCCGAUUCCAGCUGGUGGGCAGUCUCCGGGAUCGCAGCUGCUCCUUGCUGAUCACAGAUGUGCAGGAGGGAGACAGAAGAUCGUAUUUCUUUCGGUUCGAGAGAGGCAAUUCUGUGAAAUUUAAUUUUUUGGAAUAUCAGUUCUAUCUGAAUGUGACAGCCCUGACACAGAAGCCAGCUGUCUACGUCCCAGAGUUGCUGGAUCCUGGGCGCCAGGUGACAGCCAUAUGUGUGUUUGACUUUUACUGGGAACAAUGUGAAGCCCCUACUUUCUCCUGGACGGGGGCUGCCCUCUCCUCCCAAGAAAUCAAUGUGACAACAGCCCAUGUCUCAGUGCUCACCCUCACCCCGAGACAGCAGGACCAUGACACCACCCUCACCUGUCGAGUGGACUUCCCCAGGAGGGGUGUGGGCAUCGAGAACAGUGUCCUGCUUAAUGUGGCCUACGCCCCCAAAGUCCCAGUCAUCAGCAUUUCCAGCGACAAGGAAUCAGUCCUGGAGCUCCAGGGAGACAGCCCAUCUUGGCAAGCCCAGAAAGGCCAAUUCCUGAGGUUGCUCUGUGCUGCUGACAGCAGGCCCCCUGCCACCCUGAUCUGGGCCCUGGAGGACAGAGCCCUUUCUCAGUCCCACCCCUCCGGCUCCGGAGGCCUGGAGCUGGUACUGCCUGGGGUGCAGCCUGGGGACGCAGGGCGCUACUCCUGCAGAGCGGAGAACAGGCUGGGCUUCCAGAGCCGCACCCUGAAGCUCUCGGUCAACUAUGCCCCUGAGAACCUGACAGUGACGGUGUCUGGAGCAAAUGGGACAGUCCUGGAAAACCUCAGGAAUGGCGCGAUCCUCCCCGUCCUGGAGGGCCAAAGCCUGCGUCUGCUCUGUGUCACCCACAGCAACCCCCCAGCCUUGCUGAGCUGGGCCCGGGGGGGACAGCUUUGGAGCCCUUCCCAUCCCUCAGGCCCUGGGGUCCUUGAGCUGCCUCGGAUACAAUUGGAGCAUGAAGGAGAAUACAUCUGCAACGCUCAGAACCUGCUGGGCUCCCUCAGCGUCUCCCUGAACCUCUCUGUGCACUACCCCCCGCGGCUGCUGGGACCCUCCUGCUCCUGGGAGGACCAGGGUCUGACCUGCAGCUGCUCCUCCCGAGCCCAGCCGGCCCCCUCCCUGCGCUGGCGGCUGGGGGAGGAGCCGCUGGGGGGGAACCGCAGCGCGGCCUCCUACUCGGUCACCUCGGCGGGGCCCUGGACCAACAGCUCCCUGAGCCUCAGCGGGGGGCUCAGCGCCGGCCUCAGGCUCAGCUGCGAGGCCAGGAGUGUCCACGGGGCCCAGAGCGCCGCUGUGCUGCUGCGGCCAGGUGCGGGGAAGACAGGGCUCACCUCGAAAGGAUUCUCUGCCGGAGCACUUCUGGGCGCUGGCGUCGCCGCCCUGGUCCUCUGCCUCGUCCUGUUCGCCGUGAAGGCUCUGCGGGAGGCUCGGACGCACGCGGAGGCUGGGGCCCAGGCAGAGGCUCAGGCUGGGACAGAGACCGGGAGGGCCAGGGUCACCCGGAGGAGCACCAUCCUGGAUUACGUGAACGUGGUCCCCGCCGCGCGUGGCCUGGCUGGGAAUCGAAAGGCCAAACCCAGCAGCCCUUCCCGGGCCCCUCCAGCAGGUGCUAACUCCCCAGAACUCAAGUCGCCCCCUCCAGCCCCAGGGCCCAGGAACAGCCAAGAGGAGAUUCACUAUGCUGCUCUCAGCUUCCCACGCCUCCAGCCGCAGGAGACCCAGCAGCCCAACGACACCAGCUCGGAAUAUGCAAUAAUCAGGUUCCACUGAAGGUCCGCUGGGCUGUGGGUCGGGAUCCAGGCUGGGGAGAAGGGCAGAGUCACUGAGCAAAUGCAGAAAAGAGGGAAAAGCCUCUCUCUCUCCUCUUUUUACUCCUCCAAGGGUGGGUCAUCCCAUCCCAGACCUGGCAUUCGCAACCGCUGGACGCCU